UUCGAGAAACUCUGGCGUAUGCCAAGACCGUAGUAAUAUCUUGAAAGUGCACGCUUAUACAAGUAUUAUACUCCAUUUUCCACAUUUUCUUGCAAUUCCUAUUAAGACCCAUCGGUCUUAGUAAAGUAAAUAUUAUUUAUUGUCUUUAAUCGAAACGAACUUGAAGUUUUGAAUAUUAUUCGUGAAGAUGGUAAAAGAAACAACUUUUUAUGACAUUUUGGGUGUUAAACCAGGAUGUACGCAGGAUGACCUUAAAAAAGCUUAUAGAAAGCUUGCUCUGAAAUACCAUCCGGACAAGAAUCCAAAUGAGGGUGAAAGGUUUAAACAAAUAUCACAAGCUUAUGAAGUUUUAUCAGAUCCUGAAAAGAAACGAAUUUACGAUCAAGGUGGAGAACAGGCUCUUAAAGAGGGCGGAAUCAGUGAUCACUUCAAAUCACCUAUGGAUAUUUUCGAUGUUUUCUUUGGUCAUGGUCUAGGAGGACGAGGCGGACGACGAGUAAGGAAAGGUCAAGACGUGGUACAUCGGUUAUCUGUUACACUUGAAGAGCUUUAUAAGGGCACAACAAGAAAACUUGCGUUACAAAAAAAUAUAGUUUGUGAUAAAUGUGAAGGAUAUGGAGGUAAAAAAGGAUCUGCAGAACAAUGUGGAACAUGUCAUGGUACAGGUUUUGUACUUCAAAUUCAUCAACUUGGACCUGGCAUUGUUCAACAAACACAAACCAAAUGUUCGGGAUGUAAAGGAGUAGGCGAACGUAUUAAUCCACGAGAUCGAUGUAAACAUUGUGGUGGCAAAAAAACUAUCAGAGAUAGGAAAAUUUUGGAAGUUCAUGUCGAUCCCGGUAUGGUUGAUGGCCAGAAAAUUGUUUUUAGUGGUGAAGGAGAUCAAGAACCCGGAUUAGAACCCGGAGAUAUUGUCAUUUUACUUGAUGAGAAACAACAUCCAAUUUAUAAACGAGCUGAUAGUAAUUUGAUUUUGACCAUGACUUUGACCAUAACAGAAGCAUUAUGCGGUUUUCAAAAAGUCAUACGUACUUUAGAUGAUAGAGAUCUUUUAAUAACAUCACUUCCUGGUCAGGUUAUCAAACACGGCGACUUAAAAUGUAUACCUGGCGAGGGUAUGCCAACCUAUCGAGAUCCAUUUACAAAAGGAAAACUUACAAUUCGUUUCGUAGUAGAAUAUCCUCAAUCUAUUGAUCCAGCUAUCAUUCCGCAAUUAGAAAAUUUGUUACCAGCAAGAGAGCAAACGAUAAUUCCUGAUGGUGCUGAAGAAGUAACUCUUGAAGAUUUCGAUCCAAUGCUAGAAGCACAACAGCAACGUGAACGAGGAGAAGCAUAUGAUGAAGAUAAAGGGUCUAGAGUACAGUGCGCUACGCAUUAAUCGAUUCUAAAAUAAUUAAAACUACUCAGCAACGUGAGGAUCCAUUUUACACUUUUAUUUUCAAUAAAUUUUCGAUUCUUCUAUUUGACUCCGUGAUUAAAGUUGUACGGUCGGAUUCAACGUAAGAAUCAUUUAGGUUUGAAUAAAUAAAUUUAUUAGAAUGACAUGAUGAUGUAAUAACCUUUCAGCAUAAAAAACCCGAUUAAUUGCAGUAUUUGAAAUGAAAAAAAUGUUUGCCAACCGUUUAACCUCUAAUGUAACUGAAUUAAGAUAUUUUUUGUUUUCUACAUUGCUAAUUGGAGCGUAUUGUAAUUAAAUUAAUAAAAACAAUGUGCUUUAAAAAGCAAUAACAAUGAAAAUAUUAUGUGACAGAUCUCUUAUUAAGCUGACUGUUUUUCUCUAAUCAUUGUGUCAAUAAAUUAAUAAUCAAUAUUUAA